AUGAUAGAAAUUCCAGAGCACAUAAUAUUCCAUAAAAUCCUCCCAAAUCUUCCCGCCAAAUCCCUUGUUCGAUUCAAAUGUGUUUCUCAUCAAUGGGAUUCCUUCAUAUCAACUACCCUUUUCGCCAAAACCCAUCUUCUGCAACAACUUUCUCUCUCUUCAAGGUCUAUUCUUACCCUUGAUGAUUACUUGGAUUUUAAGUGUAUUGAUUACAGUGAUUCAAAUCUUGAUUUCAGCAAUUUUGGCACUAAUUUUCUUGAGACUUUCAAUUGGUUUCUGGGUUCUUGUAAUGGGUUAGUCUUGUUGCUUUCUGCAGAUGAAGAAUCUUGUGAAUAUGAUUACUUACACAUCCCUGAUUCUCUUCUUUAUUUUGAUUUUCAUUUUGUGGUUUAUAACCCAGUUUUUGGUAAAAAUGCUUAUAUUGAGAUUGAACAUCCUGGUCAGUUUCUUGUUACAAAUGAUGAAUAUUCUGCGCAGGAAUAUAAUUUUGGGUUUGGUUAUGUUUCGUCUCGUGAUGAUUACUACAUUGUUGCAAUUAAUUUUCCUGUGUGUUCGAGUAGUCCUGAGGCAGUUGUGUUUGUAUACUCAUUGAGGUUGCGACAAUGGAAAAGUUAUAAAACAGUGCGAAAUGAUAAGAAAGAUAGACUGUCAUUGGAAUUACAAGAUUACUUUUUCAGUAACACUGGAACACUGGUAAAAGAAACUUUGCAUUGGGGUAUUACACUAGGAAAGGAUCAGAAAUGCAUUGUUACCUUUGAUUUGGCUAAUCAGGAAGAGUUUUUGGGGAAGAUGGAAUUGCCUUAUGCUAAUUUUGGAGAAGCUGAAAGUGGUGUCAGUGCUUUUUGUUUGUGUUGUUUGGAUGAUUGCUUGUGUGCUUGGGCGAAUUAUGAGGGCGGAAAAGUAGUAGAGAUGUGGAUGUUGAAAGAAUAUGGAGUGCAGGAAUCAUGGACUAAGUUGUUUCGUUUUAAUCUGGCUCAUUAUUGUCGCAGUUUUUAUGGAUUUACCAAGUCUGGAAUGGUUUUCAAGUUCUACAGUAACAAUGAAAUAAUGCUUGCUGACUUCAGCCGUGAUCCUCCUGAAUAUUUCCAUCUUGGUUGUGUGGAAAGAUGGAGUGCAGUGGAUUAUGUUCCAAGCCUUGUAUCGCCUCUUGCCAUAAUCACGGAGCAAGGAGAAUAG